AAUCAAAAGAACCCGUUGAUAAAAGGGCGCCCAUGCAUCUGCAUGCCGAAUCCAUCGGAAAUAUUCUGGGUUAUUCAGAUAGCUAAAACAUGGAAGCUGCCGCGAAGGUAAACCUGAAACUUCUGAUAGACAAGAACAGCAAACGCGUUCUCUUCGCCGAAGCAUGCAAGGAAUUCGUUGAUUUUCUGUUCAACAUAUUAACUCUGCCCUUCGGCAAUGUCGUUAGGCUCCUAAAAGGGGAAGGAAUGGCAGGCUGUUUGCCAAGCCUCUACAACAGCAUCGAGAAUCUGAGCAGUAACUACAUUAAGCCAGACCAACACAAAGCCUAUCUGCUAAAGCCUAAAGUAGCCAUUCCUAGCCCCAAAGUUCCUCUUCUCUUGCCGGGCGUCGUGGCAUUUACGAGCAGAAACACUAUGUACUGCUACGGGUCUUGCCAAAGUAGUACUCGCGCCACGGAAACUGUGUAUGAAGGGGUCGGAAGUUGUAAAUCGUGUUUGGCUAAUCGCUCGGUUACAUAUUCAAGUGAGGUGGGUUACGUGAAAGGGACGGUUACAUACAUGGUGAUGGAUGAUUUGGAGGUGAAGCCCAUGUUCACCACCUCUUUGAUCUCUCUUCUUAAUGAUUUAAAUGCCAAGGAAGUUGGGGCUAUUGAGGAGAAAGUGGUUGAGUUUGGCAUGGAUGAGGGUGUGAAAUUGCUCGCGGCUUCUUUGCAAUCCAAGACUGUUCUGACUGAUGUUUCAUGUCGAGGCCAUCUGAAAUCAUUGGAUCGGACAUUCCAAUGUUCAAACUUAGAAUUUAAAGGGCAAGAUGAAGGCAGUGUUCCAUCUUUAUAUAUGCAGAUCUCUUAAUUCUAGCUGCAAUAGCGUGUGAUUGUUCAUCCAAAUAUAUUUCUCUUUUCUUUGUA